CAAUGAGAAAGCGGAACGGUAGUCACGUUUUCAGAGCGACUGAAGUGCGCAGGAGCGAAGAAAUAAUGCGACGUUAGGCGGAAGUGCUUUGGGAAGACGGCGGGGAGUUCGCGUACAGCAGAUUAUAAAAAGCAAAGACACAAAGAUCAUAGGGUGAUCGCAAAGAGUGAGGAAGACAAAGUUAUGGAUGCAAGGCGUACAGAAAAGCAAGAUCGACGACACAUUUGAAGUUUGAAAGACCAUAUGGCAUAUGAACAGGAAGAGGCUGUUCAGCCCCUCGACCCUACUCCAUCAUUCUAAAGGAUCAUGGCUAAUCCGAAAUUCCUGAGUUUUCCCAUAACCUUUGAUUACCUACACGUAAGAGUGGUGGAGGCUGUUUGGCAAUGUGGCUGAGGAUGGACUCUGUGACUCCAGCUUGGGUGGGCAGUGUGUUCCUCUUCAUUCACUCUGAUGAAACGGAUUUAUCGGCCUUGUACCAGGAACCCCAGCUACGCCUGAAGAUUUAUAAAGCCCUGAAACUGACACUUGCAGAUGCAGCCGGCAGUUCCGCAGGUUUUGAAAUCCUCAAAAUUUAUGGAAGUGGCUUUGGACUUGAGCUGAAAUUUACAGAAGAAAAGAAAUGCAGGAAUUUUCUUCACAAUUACAGAAAUGACAAACUCCAGCAGGCUUUAGCCUAUCAUUUUGGAAACCAAUGCAUGCCCAACAUUGCCUGUAGGACAGUGCUUAAGGCUGGCACAGUGACAUUGGAUGACAUCCUGGAUAACACAGAAGGCUGUCUAAGGCAUAUCAAAGAGAAUGAGCCCAAUCACCUCCGCGAUGAUGAAAUUUCCAGACUGGAAGAAGACAUCAGGCGAAUGGUCCUUGAAUACAGUUCAAACUGCCAGAGCUCCGAGACACACUGCAGUGUUAAUUCAAAAACCCCAACAGCGGUCUCAACCCUUUCACCAAUCUCACUACCUUCAUCCUCGCCAUCUUCAAUCGAAGCAAAUGGAAGCCUGCUGUGCUCAACUGAUCGUUUUGAAUUUCAAGGUGUUUUAUUUGAUGACCGUGUUUUGACUUCGGAAGAUCAUUACACCUUUGCCAAAACUGUGGGUAGGAAAUGGAAGGAGGUCGGCCGCUUGUUAAAGAAAACCUGCCGAGGUCUUCGGGAUCCUACCAUCGAUAAUAUCGCUUUUGAGUAUGAACGGGAAGGAUUGUAUGAACAAGCAUAUCAACUGCUGCUCAAGUUUAUGCAAUGUGAAGGGAAGAAAGCAACAAUGAGUCGGCUGGUCAAAGUUUUGGAGGAAAGUGAACUGGUUGGAGUCGCUGAGCAGUUGCUGGACACCUCAAGUAAUUAAGGAGGAAAUGUGUGCGACCCAAAGGAAGUUGAAAUAUUUUAUGGUGAGAUGUAAAACUGAGGGGAAAUUGUGGGAACGUAAAGACUUUUAUUACUUGUAUUAAAUUUAAUCAUUCUGCCUGAGGUAGGUCUUGUCUUGGAAGCUGUCCACUUGCUUCAGAAUUCAAAGGAACUUAUUUUUUUAAAUAAUAACUGAAUCUAGUUCUGACUGCUUAUGCAUAUUUUAAUACAUGUUAUAUAAUAUUUUCCAUAUUGAUUUCACGCCAAGAUCUGUAUUAAUUAUGAGAUAGACACAAAUAUUUCUUUAACUAAUCAAUGUCUUCAGAAAUGCUAAUUUUGAUUCUUUUUAACCCACAUCAUUCUGGACUAAUUCCAGAUCUCCAAUGUGAACUUCCCAAUGAUUUCAUUUUAUCUCGGCAGGAACGAAAUUUGCUUUUGUUUGUUCUGAAUUUGCCUUAAAUUAGAUGGUCCCCUUUCGACAUGUUAACACAAACACAUUAGAUGAAAGUCUCUCUGCCAUCUGGCAAUGUAGAAUGAGUUUGAGGAAUUCCUUCCCUUUCCAGGUUAACCGAGGCAUGCAGCAAAAGCAUGUUGCAGAUUCUGCAUCAGGUAGUCUCAUCUUUCUCUCUGCCUCUGCUCGCCGACCUGUCUCUCUGACAGACCAAGGAAUGAUGUGGAAUAAUCUGCUAGGAUUGGAUGCGAAGUGCAUUGUUGGGUGUAAGUAAUUGUUUUGCAGCUUUUCCUCUGCAGUAGCUCUCCUGGGAGAGUUAGAUGUUGAUGUGGGGCAAUUGAAGAGUCCCAUUCCUCUCUUGGUGCGCAAAUGCCAUAUCUUUUCUAAGAUAACACGAGGACAUUAGGAUUGAGGUAUCUUUCUCUCUCCUCCCUCUGCAUUAGAGCCCAUGUUUGAAACCUCUAAAUUGUGAACUCUAGAAGCACCCUUGUCCUUAAACAGGCUGGGCUUUCCUCAUGGAUGUAGAUUGGAUGGAAUAGCUUGCAGUCUUGAAUGUAUAAUUUAGAUGCAGCAUCCCUGUGAGACAUGUACGGUAACAGCCAUUGGGUCGUUCCUAGAAAGAAGCCAGGAGUCUGCAAGCUGGCUGCCUGCAGUAUGUUCCUUAGCAGAAUAUGAAGAAAUUGUGGGUGAGACCAGUGCCCAUUCACUGUCAAAAUUCAGUGAGUGAAACGUGGAAUGAAAUGGCUAAAAAAUAAUUAAAUUUCCUUGGGUAAUUGACAUACUUCACCACCGUAAAUCAGUGACUUCGAUCAUCGACAAAGAGUAGGAAACAUCCAAACUCUCACUUUUUGAUGCUUGUGUGUCUGGAUGGGGAGACCUGCUCAACACUAAACAUCACCCAACUAAUGAUUCUUGAAGAAUUUUGGCCCCUAUUCUUUCAAUACUUCAAUGCAGGAUGGUAAUGGUCACUUUAUAAUUAGAAGUAUUGAUUCCAGUGGCAGUUACAUUUGUUUUAUUGUGCUACUGUGAGAGAGCUCCAGAAGCUCUUUUUUUUUAUAUAAAUGAGUGGUAAAACAUUUGCCAGAAUAUUGACACAGGAAGCUAAAUCCUAGUCUGUAAUCCAGAUGUGUUUCUAUUCAGUGAUAAUGGGAACUGCAGAUGCUGGAGAAUCCAAGAUAAUAAAAUGUGAGGCUGGAUGAACACAGCAGGCCAAGCAGCAU